GAGUGACGCGCCACUUCUUCCGCGAGCGCGCGCGUCUUGCGCAGCGUGUGUUUAACCCGGACGAGCACUUGCUUCGUGGGGGCCUCCCGAGAGUUUCAAGACCCCGAAGCCCUGGGCGCCCCGCCGUGGGAGCCGAGGCUGCACGGGCAGCGCGUCAGGGGUCGCGGUGGCUCCCUCGUGGGGAGGCGACGCGCGACGCGCAGGCGGCCCGGGCGGGCGUCGGCAGCAGGGCGCUUGCUGCCUCCGUGCCCGCACGACGCCCGCCUCCGGCGGCACUGCCGCGCCUGUGCGGAGCUCUGCUCGGUGCUGACCUCGGUGCUGACCUCGAGAGGGUCAGAGAGGCCGAGGGUGUUCUGCGGGCGCUGAGCCCGUGAGCGUUUGCGUGGCUUGACUUCUUGUUGCUGCAUUUCCCACAUCGUGCAGAGGAUCCCGAGUUGGAUAUCUUGUGCGUGAUGUCCAACAUUAUUUUGGUUGUGCCAAAAAUGAUUCAGCCACUGGCCUACUUGUAGCCCUGACUCCUUAUGUGCUGCGUAUUCUUCUGCAGAGCUUGGUGUGCAAAUGUGCACACUACUUUGUGUCUAUGGAGGGCCACAUUUAUGUCUUGAUAUGGAGCCCUGGGCUUGCGCCAUUUAAUUUAUCUGCCUCUCCACUCCCGUUUCUUGACUCGAGGUAGACCCUAAAGUGCUGUCCACAAAGCCUAUUGAACUGCGGGCUUUUUGAUUGUGGAAGUUGGGCAAAGAGCCAGCUCCACCAUCUCAGGAGACUGCACUUCCUCAAGAGAGGAACCUGGAGGAGGACCUACCACCUUGUGAAAUUCUAAAAGUCAUGUCCCUCGUGAGUUUUAAAAUCAUGGGUCAGAAUUUUUCAGGGAUGUGGCUAUAGUCUUCUCACAAGAAGAAUGGGAAUGGCUGGAGCCUGCUCAGAGGGAUUUGUACAGAGAUGUGAUGUUGGAGACUUACCGCAACCUGGUCUCACUGGGUCUUGCCAUAUCCAAACCUGAUGUGAUCUCCUUCCUGGAACAAGGCAAAGAGCCCUGGAUGGAGGAGAGGGUGGUGUCAGGAAGCCUGUGUACAGUCUUGAAAUCCAGAUAUGAUACCAAAGUGUCACCUCCAGAGCAGCAUGUUCAUGAAGUCAAGUCGCCCCGGUGGGAGAUAAUGGAAAGACUUGCAAGUUAUGGUCUCAGGUGCUCAGGUUUGCCUGGCGACUGGGAUUGCAAAACUCAGUUUGACAGACAACCAGGAGGUCCAGACAGGCACUUCAGACGAAUGUUAAUCAGUCAUGAAAAAAUACCUGCUUUGAACCCGCAGACAUCCCUCAUUUUUUACCAGAACAUUCACACUGGAGGAAAGCCACAUGGAUAUAAUAAGUGUAGAAAUGACUUCUGGCAGGAGGAAUUCCUUAUUAAUCAUCCAGGAAUUCAUUCUAACGAGAAACCCUAUAAAUGUAAGGAAUGUGGGAAGGCCUUUAAAUAUGGCUCACGACUCAUUCAGCAUGAGAAUAUUCAUUCUGGCAAGAAACCCUAUGAAUGUAAGCAAUGUGGAAAAGCCUUCAAUUCUGGGUCCAAUUUCAUACAGCACCAGAGAGUUCAUACUGGGGAGAAACCCUAUGAAUGUAGGGACUGUGCGAAGGCCUUCAGUCGGAGCUCGCAGUUGAUUGAACACCAACGGAUUCACACUGGUGAGAAACCCUACCAGUGUAAGGAGUGUGGCAAGGCCUUCAAUCGGAUCUCACAUCUCAAAGUGCAUUACAGGACUCAUACUGGGGAAAAACCCUAUGCAUGUAAGGAGUGUGGGAAGACUUUCAGCCAUCGGUCUCAGUUGAUUCAGCAUCAGACUGUUCAUACUGGCAAGAAACUCUACGAAUGUAAGGAAUGUGGGAAAGCCUUUAAUCAGGGAUCAACUCUCAUUCGCCAUCAGAGAAUUCAUACGGGGGAGAAGCCCUAUGAAUGUAAGGUGUGUGGGAAGGCCUUUAGAGUGAGCUCCCAGCUUAGGCAACAUCAGAGAAUCCACACUGGAGAGAAGCCCUACCAGUGCAAGGUGUGUAGUAGGGCCUUCAAACGGGUGUCACACCUCACCGUCCAUCACAGGACUCACACAGGCGAGAAGCCAUAUGACUGUACGCAGUGUGGGAAGGCCUUCAGUCACUGCUCCCAGCUGGUUCAGCACCAGGCCUCUCAUGCUGAGGGAAAGCCCCGGGAACACGAAGGAUGGGGGACGACCCUUGCUCGAAGUGCCACUGCGCUUCAACACUCCAGGCUGCGGAGUGGAGAAACACGCACGAAUUUAUUGAGUGCAGAAGAGCCCACCGUCGGCACAUACCCUUUGUUGAUCAUCAGGGAGUUUGUGUUGGCCAGCAGCCAUGUCAAUGGAAGUCAGGGGAAAGCCCAGCAGCUCAGGCCAGCCACAGCUGCCAGCUCCCGCACCUUACAGAAAGGCCUGAGGGGGAAGGGGGUGGGAAGGCCUUCGCUCAGAGCUUGUCUUUCACCUGAAGUUGUAAGCUCUGCGGAAACAUUUGUGGAUAUAAAGGAAUGUGCUUAGACCACUAUUUAUCAGGCAGGGAAGGUUGGGGAAUAUUUAUCUCUGACACAUUCAGAAUCAUAUUUUCUAACCUCAGCUUACUAAUUUCAAUAAGAGUCAAGUUUUAGUUUUCUUGGGGGUGGGUGAAGAACUGACUGAAUUACUCCUGGAUUACUCCCCGGGAAGUACAUCAUGCAGCUACCAUAAAGGGUGACGAGCAGGUCGUUCACACCAAGGGGUCAGACGUCCCAUGCUCCUCCUGAGCACUGCGUGCACACAAGCCGGGGAGCUCAGACACACCAAGGGUACUGGUCAGCCUACAGAGACCCAGGCCGCACAGCAGGUGGACAGAGUGGUGCCAGGGCAGGUGGUCAUCUCCUGGUCAUCACCAUUUCUCUGUGUCCCUAUUUCAGGAAGAGUCCGUUUGGGAGAGUCUCUUAAUUUCCCCAUGGGCAGCUUGUUUUGGGUCGUAUUUUGUGACUUCUGUCUUGGGCAGGUGUCAUUUGCCUGCCCAGAAGGUGUGGCAGCUCACCUUAUUGGCAGCAUCGUCUCUUGCUUAGGAUGUGAAAAUGUCAGAUUCUCAUUUUCCAACCUCCUGUGCCACUCAGAGUGACCAGUGUGUCCCACUGUGAGUGGGGCUUUUGGGGAGCAGUUCACUCCUUCCCUGUGCACUUCCCGUUGUUGGACAUCUUCACGUGGGAAGGUGAGACUGCAGCUGUCGUGGAGCCAAGAGGAGGAAAAAGGACCUGGAGAAGCUGACUCAGAGCCCAGAGACCCCAGGCUGGGGCGGCCUGAUGCCUCUGUGCGAGAAAUGAACCUUCACUGCCCAUGUUUUAGUUGGGUCUUUUGUGAAUUUGCAUCCAAAAGCAUUCCAAAUGAUAUAACUUCAAAAAUAUUUAAUUUUUUUUAUGAUUGAUAAGUGUGGCCUGAAAAUGUCAGCUUUGAUUGUCUUUUUUCAUGGCUAAAUAUAGGGCUGGUUUUUAAAUAUGUUCCAUGAACUUCAAAAAAUGUAUGCAUUUUACAUUUUUGGAUAUAGUUUUUGAAAUAAAUCUGUUAAAGCCAGUGGGUUUUAAUGAUAAAAUUCUCUAUAUUCUUAUAUAACUUGAUAUAUUGGAUCAGAAUUUCCUAAAAUUGACUUUUUUUUUUUUAAAAAAAAAAAAACAAGGUCCUGAGAUUCCUGCCAGACUUUUGCUUUUUGUUGUUUGGGCUGUAAGGACGUUACUAAUCCUCUACAUGCAUGUUACACCUUUCUUUUUUUAAAAUAUGUUUUUCAUUGGAGGUGGACACAAUACCUUUAUUUUAAUUUUUACGUGGUGCUGAGGAUCGAGCCCAGUGCCUUCCACAUUCGAGGCAGGCGUUCUGCCACUGAGCCCCAGCCCCAGUCCGAAUGCCACACCUUUCAUCUUUAUGUGGUGCCCACCUCUGCCAAGUCCAGCUGCUGCCUGUUCUGUCAGGUCUCACUGGACAGGCCUGCUCGUCCAUUUGUUGUUUGACGCCUUUGCGCCACUGGAAUGUUGCAGCAGACUGGCCACAAGACUAUGUUUACUGUAGGGCUUUU